UCGAAUCAAAAGGCAUAUAAACCAUUAAAGGACGCAUAUCCCCGUGCACAUUCCUGGCAUAUGCCUAAAGGGGACUUCGCGUUUUAAAGAGGGGAAAGCGGUUCCCUUGGCAGUAUAGGGUUUGGAAGGGACGAUGUCCCCAAUGGCUGCCAGUGAUCGCGAUGAAUGCCCCGGGAGCCCAUCCAAGGCGCGGCGAUUGCUCCAGAAGGCCUACAGUCUGGUGGACUACCACGCGCUCCCCGAUUAUCUCCGCGACAACGAGUACAUCCUCAAGCACUACAGGGUGAAUUGGCCGCUCAAGCAGACGAUCCUCAGCAUGUUCUCCAUCCACAACGAGACACUCAACUUCUGGACGCACUGCGUGGGAUUCCUCCUCUUCGUCUUCCUCACCAUCAACGUGAUCCUGACGGUGGAAAUCCCCACCCUGGUGGCCGAGCUCCUCCACGCACCGACCGCGCGCUGGCCGAUCUACACAUUCCUGGGCGGUGCCAUGUUUUGCCUCUUCUCCAGCAGCGUCGCCCAUCUCCUGGGCUGCCACUCGGAGAGGGCCUCGUAUUUGCUCCUCCGCCUCGACUACGCAGGGAUCGCAUCGCUCAUCUCCACCUCCUUCUAUCCGCCGGUCUACUACUCGUUCAUGUGCUCGCCGCUGUGGAGAAACCUCUACCUGGCGGUGAUAACGCUUUUGGGCGUUCUCGCCAUACUGGUAUCGCUGCUCCCGGUGUUCCAGACGGCCGCCUAUCGCCCCGUUAGGGCGGCGCUGUUUGUGGCCAUGGGCGUGUCGGGCGUGGCGCCGGUGGUCCACAAGAUUUUCCUGCAUGGCAACCAGCCGGUCAUAGUGUUGACCACCGUCUAUGAGCUUUUUAUGGGGCUGUUCUACGGCAUGGGCGCGCUCGUGUACGUGACUAGGGUUCCUGAGAGGUGGAAGCCCGGGAGGUUUGAUAUCGCCGGCCAUAGCCACCAGCUUUUCCACGUGUUGGUGGUGGCCGGGGCGUACACUCACUACCGUGCGGGAUUGCUCUAUCUCCAGUGGAGGCAUUCCAGUGGAUGUGGGAUGGUGUGAUUGGUUGAUCGCUCCCAAUUCUUCUCUCAGCUCGAGAAGAUUUUAGAUCGAUGGAAAGUUUAGAACAACCAUGUUUUCUCAUGCUGAGAUGCUAGUUUUUAAAAACCAUGUCUUCUGAGCAUUGUAAGGGCAUUUUUGCUAGUAUCUAGCAACUUGGCUAGCUGCAAAAUGUAGAGAUGUUUUGAUUAUAUGGAGAACAUGAGCAUUCUAAAAGUUGUAAGUACUGAGAUGUUGUACUGUGAUGAGAGGAAACAUUGUUUUCCAUGGUUCCAAUUUGGACAAGCGAGCUGUGAUAGCACGGACACGAUUUCCAAUAUGCGACCCCUUUGACCUUUCCGUUUGAUCAUUUCCAGGGGGUCUCCUUGCAAAUUGUCAAGGCGAUCGUGGCCUCGCACGCCGUGCAUGAUCGUUCGUUACAAGUAUGCCAUGUUUUGUGGCCCCGGAAACCAGACGUCUCCGCGGGUGUGGUGUAUAUAAACUCCACACGCAAUGCAUCGAAACAGCAAAGGCUUUCUCGUUUCCUCGCAGGAUCUACCAAUUCUCUGGCAGGAUCUAUCGAUUUUCUCGCAGGAUCUAUCAAUCCGGAAGAAACAAUGGCGGGAUCGAGGCAAAGGCUGAUGGGAUUCCUCGCGAUUCUCCUCCUCUCGUCCUUGAUCUCGUCCUCUCUCGCCAGCACCACCACGUCUCCAUCUCCGCCACCUAGCAAAGAGGAGGAAUGGUCCCGUCCAAGCAAGGACGAGUGGUUCUGGGGUGGAAGACGUCCGGCGACUUGCGAUAGGAAGCCCGCGAUUUGCUUGGAUGGGAGGUACAAUCCCGCCGGGCCUACGUGUUGCAACAGGCAGUGCGUGGAUAUUCUCACCAAUAGAAACUACUGUGGGAGCUGCUGGAAUAGAUGCCCCUGGGGAUAUUCCUGUUGCAGAGGUCGCUGCGUCAAUCUCCUUCGCGACAGUCGCAACUGCGGCAAAUGUGGCCGCGUGUGUAAGAACAAGCGCUGCGACUAUGGCUUGUGUGGCUACUAGCGGGGAGAAUUUACCGAGCUUCUUGGCAGCUAGUUUUACUAUCUACUCGUGUUAAUAGCAAUUCUUUCUCUUA